CUUUCCUCGCUGAGGAGACAAGUCCCAGCUUGACAUCAAUAUACCUGUUGAUCAGAGCUCCAGUGUUAACCAACCGGCAGAGCUCUGUAGACACCAGCUGCGGGCAGCGUUCGCACCACCGGCCACUUUUCUCCUACUCGCCGCAACUUUGCAUCCCCCUUUUUUCCUAACCAUCGUUUGGCCGAAGAGCGGGAAGAGCUGGGAGAGAUCCACACACCUCUGAGAUCCAUGUGUUUCUCAGAAAGGUGCUCGAGUCUUCCCCCGUCUUCCACCGAGCAGCUCUGCCGAGAUAACCCCGAGCUCGCCAUGGAGAUGCUGGAGGAACCCGACUUGUAGAUGUUCCCAGCACCAGGGAUGGCGCCCGCGGGGACCGAGGCCGCCCCGGCCCGCCGGUGAGGUGCCCCCCCACCCUCCCCGAGCCCUGAGCCCGGACCACGAUGAACAAACUGACCUUCCACAACAACAGAGUCAUGCAGGACCGCCGCAGCGUUUGCAUCUUCCUCCCCAACGACGACUCCCUCAACAUCAUCAUCAACGUAAGGCAGCAUUUGUGCCACGAGUUACUGGUGCAGGUGUGUGACCUCCUGAGGCUGAAGGACUGUCACCUCUUCGGGCUCAGCGUCAUCCAGAACAAUGAGCACGUGUACAUGGACCUGGCCCAGAAACUCUACAAGUAUUGCCCCAAGGAGUGGAAGAAGGAGGCCAGCAAGGGGAUCGACCAGUUUGGCCCCCCGAUGAUCAUCCACUUCCGCGUGCAGUACUACGUGGAGAACGGCAGGCUGAUCAGCGACCGGACCGCACGCUACUACUACUACUGGCACCUGCGGAAGCAAGUGCUGCACUCGCAGUGCGUGCUGCGCGAGGAGGCUUACUUCCUCCUCACCGCCUUCGCCCUCCAAGCCGACCUGGGCGACUUCAAGCGCAACAAGCACUACGGGAAGUACUUUGAGCCCGAAGCUUAUUUCCCCGCCUGGGUAGUGGCAAAGCGGGGCAAGGACUACAUCCUGAAGCACGUCCCAAACAUGCACAAAGAUCAGUUCGCCCUGACAGCCUCCGAAGCCCAUCUCAAAUACAUCAAGGAGGCCGUCCGGCUGGACGACGUGGCUGUGCACUACUACAGGUUGUACAAGGACAAAAGGGAGGUGGAGGCCUCCCUGACGCUGGGGCUGACGACCCGGGGCAUCCAGAUCUUCCAGAACUUGGAUGAGGAAAAGCAGCUGCUCUACGACUUCCCUUGGACAAACGUGGGGAAACUGGUGUUUGUGGGCAAGAAAUUCGAGAUCCUGCCAGACGGGCUGCCCUCGGCCAGGAAACUCAUUUACUACACGGGCUGCCCGCUGCGCUCCCGCCACCUCCUGCAGCUGCUCAGCAGCAGCCACCGGCUCUACAUGAACCUGCAGCCCGUCCUGCGCCAGGUCCGCAAGCUGGAGGAGAAUGAGGAGAAGAAGCAGUACCGCGAGUCCUACAUCAGCGACACCCUGGACCUGGACAUGGAGCAGCUGGAGAAGCGCUCGCGGGCCAGCGGCAGCAGCGCCGGCAGCAUCCGGCACAAACGCCUCUCCCGGCACUCCACCGCCAGCCACGGCAGCUCCCACACCUCGGGCAUCGAGAGCGACCCCAAAGCCAGGGAGAUGGGGCCCGAGGACGGCUUCUCCGGCGCCGGUGCCCAUCGCAAGCUGAAGACUUGCAGCUCCAUGACCAGCCACGGCAGCUCCCACACCUCCGGGGUGGAGAGCGGUGGGAAGGACCGGCUGGAGGAGGAUUCCCAGGACGAUGAAAUCGAGAUGCUGGUGGAUGACCCCCGGGAGCUGGAGCAGGCCGGCGAGAUGGAGGUGAGCCCCGACAUGUGCGUCUACAUCACGGAGGACAUGCUGCUGUCGCGCAAGUUCAACGGGCACUCGGGGCUUAUCGUGAAAGAGAUCAGCUCCUCCACCUCCAGCUCCUCGGAGACGGUGGUGAAGCUGCGGGGCCAGAGCACCGACUCCUUACCCCAGACGACGUGCAGGAAACCGAAGACGUCGACGGACCGGCACAGCCUGAGCCUGGAUGACAUUCGGCUCUACCAGAAGGACUUCUUGCAGUUGGCCAACCUCUGCCAGGACACGGCCCAGAGCUACACCUUCGGCUGUGCCCACGGGCUGGAGGAGGAAGGGCUCUACUGCAACGGCUGCUUGGCCCAGCAGUGCAUCAACAUCCAGGAGACCUUCCCCGUCAAAAGAACCAGCAAAUACUUCUCGCUGGAUCUCACCCACGAUGAAGUCCCCGAGUUUGUCGUCUGAGGGCCGCGGCGGGGCAGGACCGGCUGCCCGCCCUCGGCGGGGGGAGGCCGGGGCUCCCUGCCCUGUGUUGGGGGUCAACAACGCUGCCUUUCCCCUGCGCCCCUCCUUGCAAACCGAGGCCGUGGAAACCAUCGCGCUCGGAGGGUCGCCCCGACGGUUGGGCGGGAUGGAGACCCCCCCCCCCCCCCCGGGCAUGGCGGAGUCCCGCCGGCGGUCCCCCGGCAUCCCUUCUCCUCCGGAUGAGUUUAUGCUGGACACAAGCUGUCUUAUUUCGACUGGGAGAAGCACGACUCGUUCGAGCUGGCAGAAGCCAAGCCGUGUUUUCUCAUUGCCUCGUGGCAAGGUGGCCUCCUCUCCUCCUUGCCCCCAUCCUCAGCGCUGCCGGGCGGCUCCGGCGGUGGCUUGGUGGCAACCGACGCCGGAGGGAAAGU